AUGACCGCAAAUGGCUUGUCCCAUCCUCUACAUGACGUUCUAGCUGAACUCAAUCGACGCCCUUAUCCCCAUGUCCCAAACCCCCCAUCCUGCAAGAAACGAGCCUCGGUUGCUUUGAUCAUUCGGGUCCGGCCGACAUACGACCAUUGGCCCGACGCUGAACGACCAAUUGAUGCUUCACAAUCAGUCCAAGAACGUCUGGAUGGGUUCUUUGCACAGCCAUGGGUACAACAUGGGGAGCCGGAGGUGCUCUUUAUCAAGCGUGCCUCUCGGGUUGGGGACCGAUGGACGGGUCAUGUUGCCCUCCCGGGCGGGAAGCGAGAUCCUGAAGAUGCGGACGACCAGGCGGCCGCGAUUAGGGAGGCGUCCGAGGAAAUCGGAUUGGACUUGACCACGGAGGAUUGCAUCAGCGUGGGGAAUCUCCCCGAACGGGUGGUCACCACCAGUUGGGGAUCCGAACCGCUGAUGGUUCUCUCACCUUUUGUGUUCCUCAUGACCCGCAGCGACUCCCCGACCCUGCGCCUGCAACCCACGGAGGUGGCUUCGACACAUUGGAUUCCGUUGCGCGCCCUCUUAUCGCCGUCCCAAAGAACCGUCGAAUAUGUGGAUAUGUCGCAGCGAUUUGCGCGACAGGGUGGGUUCUUCACUCGUCUUGCGGUGCGGUCCUUGAUGGGCUGGAUGCAAUUCUCGGCGGUUCGACUUCUUCCCUCCGAGACCCAGCAAUGCACCACCACCCCAGGCUUUUUCCCUGAUGACAGGCAGCCUUCCCUGAUCCAGCGCUUCGAAGGGUGGUGCCUCAAUAACCAGGCGGAAUCCACGGACACUGGCCGUCCGCUGCUUCUUUGGGGCCUGACCCUUGGAAUCCUCGCCGAUUUCCUGGAUAUGCUCCCGCCCCACAACGCAGUCCAGCUGUGGAAAUACCCGACCUUUACGGUGCCCGAUUUGCGCCUGAUCGUAAGCGUUGUAACGUAUCACCUGCGGAGGCGCAACGCGCGCAAUGUGAAGGCAGGUGCUCGACCUAGCGGUCCCACUGAGGGCGAGCGAGCUCUUCCCAAAUUCGCGGGCCCCAAUGAUCAUGAUCAUAAUGAAGUGGGGAUUGGAGGUCUUGGUGUAGGUCGAUAUUACGGUGCUUCGGAUCAGGCCACAGACGGACAAUCGUAUGCCGUGGGGAUGUUGCUCCGGGGAUACUAUACUCGAUUGCGAAUGGCCAUCUGGGUGUUCCUCGCCUGGCGUGUGGCCAUUGGCUCUGUUGCCGGUCUCUCUGCAUGGCGUCUGCUGCGAAGGCUACGGUGA